CGCCGGUGUCUCCCUGGUUGCGCAAGACGCCAUUUUGGAGUGACAGUGAAAGAUAACGGAAAGAUCGAGAAGCUGUCUUUCUAAAGCUUCGCCAUCAUGGGGAAUGUAUUUGCAACCUUAUUCAAAGGCCUUUUUGGCAAAAAAGAGAUGAGGAUUCUUAUGGUUGGACUCGACGCUGCUGGAAAAACAACCAUCCUAUAUAAACUGAAGCUCGGAGAGAUAGUCACCACCAUUCCCACCAUUGGUUUUAACGUUGAAACUGUAGAAUACAAGAACAUCAGCUUCACAGUGUGGGAUGUGGGCGGUCAGGACAAAAUCAGGCCGCUGUGGCGCCACUACUUCCAAAACACUCAAGGGCUUAUCUUUGUGGUGGACAGCAACGACAGAGAGAGAGUGAACGAGGCGAGGGAGGAGCUGUCCAGAAUGCUCGCUGAAGACGAACUUAGAGACGCCGUGCUGCUGGUUUUUGCAAAUAAACAGGAUCUCCCCAACGCUAUGAACGCCGCAGAGAUCACAGAUAAGUUGGGCUUGCACGCCCUCCGCCAGCGCAGCUGGUACAUCCAGGCCACCUGUGCCACCAGCGGGGACGGCUUGUACGAGGGCCUGGACUGGCUCUCCAACCAGCUGAAGAACCAGAAAUGAUCCAUUCCACCAGUUUUGAUUUUUGUUUGUUGUUUAUUUUUUCUGUUUCAACAACACAGCGGCAGCACCGGAUCCAGGCCCCCCUUCGCUCCCAUCUAACCCGACCUCCAACCCCCGAGCUCUUUCUUUCAAGAACUUCCUUCAUUCCCUCCCUCCUGCUUUCUGCCCUCCC